AGCAAUUCAUCCCUACGUGCUUUGACAUCUCAAGGGUGCACUCACGAUUCUGCUGCGGCGUAUUGCCGUGCGGAGAGGAGUACACGUACACGCUUGUUGUGGUUGACGGCUGCACCGUAAAGAAGAAUCGAAGGAGAGAAAAGGCAGAAAAGGUAAAGUGUGAGGGGCGAGGAAAGCGGCCGAAGGAAUAGUGCGAAGAACUUCGCCAUGGCACCUAAAAAGAAGGCAACCGAGGGAGCAACAUGUUGUACCUUCGCUUCUCUCUGUGCGCUUUACUUAAAAAAAAAAACAAAAAAAUCGAAAACAGGAAAGAAAAGGGAAAUCGAAAAUUUCGUUGCGGGGUGCGGGUGAAGCGCGUAGGAAGGUUUUAAAAUAAUCUUCUUUUAUGUAUGUUGUGUGCGUGUGCGGGGGUUCGGGGAUCUCCGCGCGGCUGCGGAGGUGUGCUGUGCGACAAAGUGCUUUUUGCUGAUCUGUAUGGGUGAACAUGGGACGGCGACUGCGGUGCCGGCGCGUCUUUCUUCGUCCGCGACGAGGUGAGUUCAGACGUUUUAUGUUUUCAUCCCCCAAAAGGAAAAGUGCUCGCUGUCUCGUUUUUUUUUUCCUUCUUCCUAGGCUCCGUUAGUUCAUAUUUUUGUGCUGUGCUGUGCUGUGUCUGUGUCUGUGUGUCUGUGUGUGUAUGUCGCAGGUCGUCACACGAUUAUUAUAUAUAUAUAUUGUUUGUUUGUUUCCCGUCGUUGUUGAGUAUCAGCGAUUUUCUAUCUUCACCUGGCCUUUGUAUAUGCGGGACGGGUUGCCCGUUUUUGGUUUGUUUUCAUUUGUUUCCGUUUCCCCAUUGAGCACUAUUGUUGUUGUGUUUAUUCGCUUUCCGCCAUUUCCUUAGCUUUUACCAGUCCCUUUGUUAAUCCUCUUUGUCUUUUUUUUUACCCUUCCGCCCGCUUUUUGAAGCAGCUCAUACGCCGAGGGCUGGUAGGUGCUUUUUUUGUUAUGUGUGUGUAUUUUACCGGUGGUGAGGACGUGGAGGAUCGCAGGGUAGUCUCCAACACAACAAUACCGUUAACGGCAUCGAUGCUGCCAAGCAGAACCGAGGCCCCUAUUCGCGCCUUUAUCGUUUCAGCGUUAACUCCACGCAACGUUGCAGCGCGUGAGCCGCAUGUCAAGGUACGCUCAGUGGAUCAUGCUGCAUGCAUACACAAUCAUACACACAUACAUAUUCGUGUGUACGGAGGUGGAGUACACGUAGAGAUGUCGAUUUACUACUGCAAUUGGAACGGAGAGCACUCGUUGCCAGGCGACAACAGCAAGCGGUAUGUGUCCGUCCUCUCGUCUUCUCAAUUCAAUUCCUCCUCCAUAUCCCCCCCCCUUCUCUCGACGUCGUAUAGAAAAAAUCUCUACACGUACCCAUCAAAUUACGCACCCACGACAAACACAUCUCGUGUGCAACCAGCAAAAAGGUGUUCAAGCACCAAAAACACGCUUUCACAAAGCACAUCUUCAUACGGUUUUGUUUUCUUUUUCCUCUCUGGGUUUCUCCUUUUAUUUUGUAUCCCCUGUUGUGUUCGUGCUUGCGGAAACCAGAACGUUACGGUUCCCCCCCCCCUCCUUUGGUGCGGAAAACUCUUACGGUGCACGCCCAACGUUGCCUUUUAUUUAUAUACAGAAUUCUUGUCCCCAACUUCUUUCCUCGAACAACACAAGAUUUCUUUUUUCUUUUUAUACUGAUAACUCAAGAGGUGCGUUUUGGCUUUAGCGGUGUCGUGUAGAGCUCGCGUUUUGCUGCUGUAUCGAUUAUCGACUUGUCCCUUCCACUGGUGUUAUUGCCUGUUUUUUUUUCUAUUUACUUCGUUUGCGUUCUAUUGCCUUUUCUUGUAAGCUAUUCGCCGCUUGCUCUCUUCCCACUAGUAUUAUUAUUGUUUUUCGCUGCUAUCUUGAAGGAUACACAUCACGUUGUACGCAGCGACCGCCUGUGCUUUCGUCAUUUCAACAACCACACUUAAUAUGGCUCAUCAACCCACUACCCCUGGGCAGCCGGACGCACCAGCUGUGGCGGCUACCCUCAGCCAAAGUGAGACCCCCCGUCCUCCGUCGCACAACGGCAGCACCUCGUCCUCCAACACGAACACGCCGCGCUCCACCUCGGUGGAGCCGGGGCCGACGUUGUGGGUUGAGAUGUGGGAGAACCAGCGGUGGUUCCCGGUGAUUGGGUGGAGCACCAGUCGCUUCCAGCAGGACCUGCCGACAUUCUGCCGCGUGCCGCCUGGUCACCGCCAGUGCGGGUCGCACCCCGCCGACUUCGAUGCCGCGCUCAACGCGACCAACCCCCCACCGUCGGACGCGGCUAACCCAAACUUCCCGGCGCAGUCCGUCGCACAACUGCAGGUGCCGAAGGGGUACCGCUGGGUCGGCUAUUGGGAGAUGUGCAAGCAGCACCGCCACGGCACCGACGCCAGUGGGUGGCGCUACGCGGAGCAGUUCUUCGUCUCUGACGGGCAGUCGGGCUACCGCAGCGACACCCUUGCGCCCUUCAAGCAGACGCAGACGUCGCUCUGUGUGGUGCGUCGCCGGCUGUGGCGCCGUCGGGUGGCGGUGCUGACCGGGGACGAGGUGGCGCCGUCCUACGACGAGAUGUACAUGACGGAUGACGACAUGCAGACCCAGACCUACCUCUCCGACAUGGACGAGGAGAUGGCGGUGGCGGAGGGUUUCAAGAGCGCGGAGGCGCAGGCGGUGCGGGCCGGCACGCCGUGGACGCAGGAGCAAGAGCUCAAGGCCGAGGAGGAGCUGCGCAAGUUCUGCCGGCAGCGCCGUAGUCGGGAGAGUGCCACUCGCAUGCGUAGCGCCAACCCGAGCUUUGCCAAUCCCUUCCAGAAUAACUCCGACGCCUACCACAUCUCGCCCACGCGGCACCACCGCAGCAGCCCCGACAGCAUAAAAGACGCGAGGGCGGCAGCGGCCGAUGCGGCGCACAGUGGCGCCGUAGCGGCGGCGUCGUGGUUGCGGGACAGCCGACCGGAGCCAUCGACGCAGGACGCGUCCCCGGACAACUCAAGCCCCGACGCCAGCGCCAUCACCCCACACGAGGAACCUUAUUUGCUUCGCUCCACGAACUCCAUGACGACUGGCCGAGUCGACGGCGGGGACGUGGGAUCGGGCAGCCGCGUCAACCAGUUUGUCUCGGCGUCACCGACGGAGCGGCCGCUGCUGGGACCGGACGCAGGCGAUUUGCAGGCGCAGCAGACCGUCGAUGAGUUUGUCAGCUCUACCCCAGUGGACGAGGUGGAGCACGUGGCCGCCGAGGAGGGCGGCACGACCGUGUCCGUUGGCGGGAUGAAGUCCCCCACCGGCUCUGACUUUCGCGCUAUCUUUUCGCAAUUUAUGACGCCGUCGGCGGAGAAGACAGAUGGGAAAGCGUAA